CUUUACUUCGUCUCUCACGACUGCUGCGCCUUCCAGCGUGGUCGUAUGUCGUGUUCGCCGUGGCGCGAAAGGGCUCCACGCUGGAGACGAGACGAGCUGCAGGGACGGGCGUUGUCCGCGAUCAACGAGAUUGUCGGGGUCGUCCUUUCCUUCGUUCCCCGCACUUUCCCUCGAUCAAACGACAUGUCAUCCGCAGGCGGCAAGAUCCGUGCCAAGAAUGCGCGCAACGCCGAGGCGCAUCGUCGUGGGCAGACGAAGCCUCGUCCUGCGUACGCAGAGAGGGCUAUGACCAGCAAGAAGCCAGCAGUCCCCGCUUGGGCUGUAGGGAUGGUGUGCUUUGUCGUGAUUGGAGGAGUCUUCUUUGAGCUGGCGAGGUUGUUCUUGUGAAUGGAGGGAGGAGGGAGGCGAGGUGCGCGCAUACGGAGGCCGUAGCGAUGCGACAGGGAGGAG